AUGCAUUCUUUAUCUGUUUCGUCUUUUGAUUCGCAGGAGCUCAACUUAGAGAAAGAUAGAGAGAAAGAAAAAUUGAUCAAAGAUCUCCUUAACAAAAUUGGCUCAGAGGUAGGAACCACCAAGUGUGAGGAGGUUGAAGCAAAUGCAACUCAACUUGCUAAUGACAAGAAAAUCUGCAAUCCCAAUAAGAAGCGCAAGUUAAAACCACAGUCUUUAGGCCCUAUCGCUUUGGUUCAUCAAAUGGCAUCAGAGGGAAAGGUUGAUGGUAGAAGAAGGAGGUCCUUACGAACAAAAUCCAGUGGCUUGAAGUCUGAAUCAUGUGAAUUUGUGAAUGACUUGCUCAAAAGAGAUGAUGGCGGAUCUCCAGUGACCCAUCAAGUGGGCCUAGAGGAAAAGGUCGUGGGAAGAAGAACUUCCUUCCGAACAAGAUCCUGUAGUUUGAAAUCUGAAUCACAUGAAUCUAUGGAGUUGCACAAGAUUGAUGAUGCCAUACUUCCAGUGACUUGUCAGGUGCCAUCAGAGGAAAAGAUUGAUGGAAGAAGGUAAUCCAUGUUUUAUAUGGCUUUGGAAUGUUUCCUGCUUUUUAGUAUUUAAA